AUCGAUUGCUGUGACAGCUGUUCGCGCAUAUGUGUGGGUACGGAUUUAUUCAUAGCAAGGAAAAUUGCAAGUUUCGGGGAUAUAGGAUUUUACAUAAGUUGGGCAUGCCCACGCAUUAGCGCCGCAGAUCGAGAUCGGAUUGAUCGGAACUCUGGAUAUCGGAAGCACAAUAAAGAGGACGACCGACUGCCCCGUGUGUAGCGUGCGUGUGCGUGUGUGUGUGUAUGUGCGUAUGCGUGUGAAUGAAAAACCAGCAACUGUGAAAAUAUAACCAAAAAUAAGUCCGAGGUACACGGCUGCAGGCGAGGAUUUCCAGUCCUCCCAGAUAAACCCAGGAGGAGCAGCGUGUUCCCCCUCAGACCCAACCCCGUCGCUUUUCAGAAUGGCGGAUGCCCAGGCAGCGGCGGCCGGAAAGAAGAAGUACAAGAACAAAAAGAACUCGGCGGAUAAGAACCCCAAUUCGAAUCCGAACUCGAAUCCGAAUUCCAGUGGCCAGGUGGAGGCGCAGACACCCAGCAAUGGACACGCUCAGCACCAGGAGGAGGACGCGACGGAAGACCAGCAGCCAGCACAGGAGCUCAGGGGCCUCCUUAAGAAGAUGCACCUUUGCAAUGGCCAUGGUCCCAAGGAGCAGGAUGCUCCGCCGAUUGUCGAGGUCCUCAACGGCCAUGCACAUGGGCACAGCAACAACAAUCACAUUCGCAGCACUAGCGGCAGCAGCAACAACAACAACAGCACCCACAACAACAACAGCGUGGACAGCAGCAACAACAACCGCAAGCAGCGAAGAGAAGGAGGAUCAGAUUCAAACGCCUCCAAUCCGGAGGAGAAGCCCAUAACAGCCACAAGCAACACCACUGCCAACACACACCCAACCACAACGACGGCCCCAAAAACAAAAGUUUCGGAGGAGGCGGCUGUGGAACAGGGAGGGCAAGUGGCGACGGGGAGUGGCUAUUGCCGGGAGCAGGAGGAGAAGCAGCUGCCCUCCGCCUCCGCAGAAGGGGCCACGCCCACCAUUACAACACAGCUCCAGCUGCCAGAACCUGCCAUUUCAGCCGACGAGAUCGUGUAUAAGGAAUACGAGGCUGAACACCAAAUGCAUGUGAGUACUAUCGCCGUACUAUCCGAACUAUGCGCAAUGCUAAUCCCCCACAUGUUGAACAACAUGCAGGACAUCAUGCGACUGAUCCAGGCGGAGCUGUCCGAGCCCUACUCGAUAUACACGUACCGCUACUUCAUCUACAAUUGGCCAAAACUCUGCUUCCUCGCCUCGCACGACAAUCAGUACGUGGGCGCUAUUGUGUGCAAGCUGGACAUGCACAUGAACGUGCGGCGCGGCUACAUCGCCAUGCUGGCCGUGCGCAAGGAGUAUCGCAAGCUCAAGAUCGGCACCACGCUGGUCACCAAGGCCAUAGAGGCAAUGCUGGCCGACAAUGCCGACGAGGUGGUGCUGGAGACGGAGAUGCGGAACCAGCCGGCUUUGCGGCUCUACGAGAACUUGGGCUUCGUGCGUGAUAAGCGGCUGUUCCGUUACUAUCUCAAUGGAGUGGACGCGCUGCGGUUGAAGCUCUGGUUUAGAUGAGUGGACCCGGCGGCUGCCGUUGAAAUUGUUGUCUAAGUAGCCGCCGAAGAUGUCGAGAUCUGCUCUGCGGAGGAGCAGGGCGCUCCGCUCGUCCUGGGUCCUGGCCAGCUGGCAGCUUGUUUCGGCGCCCUCUUUUUUGUACCUAUUCAACUAGGAAGCAUCGUAGCAUCAGUUUUUCUUCUCCCCACUUCCCACUCACCCCGUCCCUUGUCUCUCUUCAUUUGUAAAUUAUUUUAUUAUGUAACAGCAUCAGCAAGAGCAACAUCUGCAGAGGAUCAGAUCAGAUCAGUUAAGCAGGAGCAGCACGAGCAGCACACAACGGACCCGAAAUUUGAUUAAUUUUACAGAAGGCAAUUUUGUAUGCAAUACGUGAUUUACAUGCAUAAAAUUAAACAUUAAAGUCGUAAGCAAGCAAUUAGUUAUGUACAUUAAACAAUCUACAAAAAUCGAUCUAGAGAAUAGACAACAACAUGAAGCAGCAGCGCAGCACACGCUCAUCGACACCCAUUUACAAAGCUAUAAACAUAGAAUCAAAUUUUGUAAAAAGAUCGAUCAAAGGCGAUGAUCACGUACAGUCGAACGAAACACACGAGAAAUGUAUAUCAAAAUAAACGCAAUUGGAACGCAGAGCGGAGGACAGACACAAAAUGCAGCGUUAUAUGCAUCUGAAAACUUUCAUUGGGCAGAUGGGCCUUCAUGGUCCUCGCCAUCUGGUCUUCUGUCACUUCUCUGUGCUCUCCAGUGUUGUUUCGCCCGAGAUCAGAACACGUAGCGAUAAGGAUGCGGAUGUGGUGAAUCCCGAGUAACAUUGAAAGAACGCAAUAAAAUCUUCAACAAAUACGAAAA